AUGAAUAUAUCAAAUUUAAUACCUUCAUUAUUAGGUUUCAAUUAUCGUAGAAUAACAGCAAGUAAACUUGCAGAGGCAAAGAGAAGAGCAAGUGUAGCUGUUGUACUCAGACUUGCCUCUCAUCAUGAUGGUGAUUCUACAUCAACUACAACUACUACCACUGCCACUGCUACAACUACAACUAAACCAUUAAAGGUACUGACAGGAUUCAAUUGUAGAUGUUUGACAACAGACAAUAAGCACUCUGAGAGUUGUCUCAGGAAUUUUAUCACAUCGAGAAACAACAUUACAUCUGGAACGACCACUACAGUGGAAGCACUUUAUGCCAAGAAAUCAAGAGGUAGACGAAAAGGAGAGAUUGCAUUUGCCGGUGGACACAUAGAGAAAGGUGAGACGGAAGAACAGGCUGCUGAGAGAGAGGCCUUGGAAGAGGUUGGAUUGGAUCUGGCAGAUGGCAAGCAAUUUUCGUUUAUUGGAAGACUAAACGAUCGUGUCACCUUUGAUCACAUUGCCAUAUACACAUUUGUAUACCUUCAAUUGACUGAAAAGACACCUCCCAUCACAUUCAGCGAUGAUGAAAUGGAAGAUUGUGGAUGGGUAGAUUUAGAUUAUUUUACAAAAAGACAAGGAGGAGACAACAAUAACAACAACAAUAACAAUAACAACAAACUCAAACCAGCUAAUAGAAUAGUAGACUCUACACUAUUCAAUACAGACGUGGUCGAAUUCCAAUCAUUGGCAUCAAUGUCAUCAAGAAGAUUAACAAAUCCAUUCCUCAAACAAAUAUUUAAUUCAUUUAGAGUACCAUUGGUACAAUUACCAAUUAAAACAUCCGAGUUUAGAUUGUGGGGUCUGACACUUGAACUGACGUCCGAGUUGAUCAAAGUGGUGAAUGGAAGCUCACCGAUACCAUCGAUUCAAGAGAGUAAUAGUCGGUUGGCAUUCUUUUGCAUAAACAAUCCUUUGUUGGCUAUUGGUACACUCACUCUUCUCUUUGGUUUGGUCAUCCCAGGUAUCUUAUUUUAUUAUGUCACUAAUAAAAGUUAA